GAGGGAACGCCGUCCUCGCUUCCACUGGAUCAUCCUGUCCUGGUGCUUGGGUGUCUUGCUCCGGUCCAGCCAUGACCCUGCGCCCCUCACUCCGGCAGCAGCUGCUGCUGCUGCUGCUCAGUGGUGCGGUGUGCCGGGCUGAGCCUGGCUUAGAAACUGAAAGUCCUGUCCGGACCCUCCAAGUGGAGACCCUGGUGGAGCCCCCUGAGCCCUGUGCGGAGCCCGCUGCGUUGGGAGACACGCUCCACAUACACUACACGGGCAGCUUAAUAGAUGGACGCAUUAUUGACACCUCUCUAACCAGAGACCCUCUGGUUAUAGAACUUGGCCAAAAGCAGGUGAUUCCAGGUCUGGAGCAGAGCCUUCUAGACAUGUGUGUAGGAGAGAAACGAAGGGCAGUCAUUCCUUCUCACUUGGCCUAUGGAAAACGGGGAUUUCCACCAUCUAUCCCAGCGGAUGCAGUGGUGCAGUAUGAUGUGGAGCUGGUUGCACUGACCCGAGCCAACUACUGGCAAAAGCUGGUGAAGGGCAUUUUGCCUCUGGUAGGCAUGGCUAUGGUGCCAGCCCUCUUGGGCCUCAUUGGGUAUCACCUAUACAAAAAGGCCAACAGACCUAAAGUCUCCAAAAAGAAGCUCAAAGAAGAGAAAAGAAACAAGACUAAAAAGAAAUAAUAAAUAAUAGUUUUUCACA